UCAAAGCUGUUUGAUGUUUAAUAGCUCGCUCGGGAAGAAGUUUUGUUUCUGAUGAUACUUUGUUGAGUCGGUAGCCCGGACAACUCAAAAAUCAAAAAUUUAUGCAGCUCAAAAGUCAGGGCCCAGGGAACAGGCCAGAAAGAGUGGCAGUGAAAGCAAGCGAAGAGUUGUGUGUAAAUAAAACCUCAAGUCACCUUGAGCUCUGGGCCAGUUUGGUUCUGUAACACUGUGGGCCCAGUGAGCUGUGGCCCAGGUCAAAGGCCAGUAUCCUGAGGAGCCAGCUGUCAGAGUUUAGCUGGAAACAAGCUAAUGUGUAAACUUGCCUCGAAGUCUUUUCAAGUGGCUUCAUUUUCCCAGCUUCACUGAAAAGAAGUGACUUUAUUUCAGAGUUUGCUGACCAGCUGCUGUUCCAUUGAACUGUUGAUGUUUUCCAUUGGGAAACCGGUCUUCUUGAGUGUCUCCAUGGUGAAGGGGAAGACCAACGAGUGGAACAAGAAUGAUGACCGGCUGCUACAGGCUGUGGAGAAUGGAGAUGCGGAGAAGGUGGCCUCCCUGCUGGGCAAGAAGGGGGCUAGUGCCACCAAGCAGGACAGCGAGGGCAAGACCGCUAAAAAUAGUGGCUAUAAAUAUGUCUUUCAUACUCGGAUCCUCUCCUGGGGAUAUAACAAGUGUAUUACUGGUUUUACAACUCUUUCCCUUCUUCCACAGAAGGAUUUUGAAUAUCUGAAAACUCAAGGACACAGUGCUUUACACCUCGCAGCCAAGAACAGCCACCAUGAAUGCAUCCGGAAGCUCCUUCAGUCUAAAUGCCCAGCCGAAAGCGUUGACAGUUCUGGGAAAACAGCUUUACAUUAUGCAGCGGCACAAGGCUGCCUUCCAGCCGUGCAGGCUCUUUGCGAGCACAAAAGCCCCAUAAACCUCAAGGAUUUGGAUGGGAAUAUACCACUGCCGCUUGCAGUACAAAAUGGCCACAGUGAGGUCUGUCGCUUUCUCCUGGACCACGGAGCAGAUGUAAAUUCCAGGGACAAAAAUGGAAGAACUGCUCUCAUGCUGGCUUGUGAGAUCAGCAGCUCUAAUAUCGUGGAAGCCUUAAUUAAAAAGGGUGCAGACCUAAACCUUGUAGAUUCUCUUGGACACAAUGCCUUACAUUAUUCCAAACUCUCAGAAAAUGCAGGAAUUCAAAGCCUUCUAUUAUCAAAAAUCUCUCAGGAUUCUGAUUUAAAGACACCAACAAAACCAAAGCAGCAUGAUCAAGUCUCUAAACUAAGCUCAGAAAGAAGUGGAACUCCAAAAAAACGCAAAGCUCCACCACCUCCUAUCAGUCCUACCCAGUUGAGUGAUGUGUCUUCCCCAAGAUCAAUAACUUCAACACCACUUUCGGGAAAAGAUUCCGUGUUUUUUGCCGAACCACCCUUCAAGGCUGAGAUCAGUUCUAUACGGGAAAACAAAGACAGACUAAGUGACAGCACUACAGGUGCUGAUAGCUUAUUGGAUAUAAGUUCUGAAGCUGACCAACAAGAUCUUCUUGUCCUGUUGCAAGCAAAAGUCGCUUCUCUUACCUUACACAAUAAGGAAUUACAGGAUAAAUUACAGGCCAAGUCACCCAAGGAGGCAGAAGCAGACCUGAGCUUUGAAUCCUACCAUUCCACUCAAACUGACUUGGUUCCACCCCUGGGCAAACCUAGUGACACCUCUCCCCCAGACUCCAAAUCCUCUCCACCCGUCUUACCACAUUCCUCGAGUAAAUCCACUUGCGACAGCGAUGGCCGAAUUCAGCAACUACAAGAGAUUUUGCAAGACCUGCAGAAGAGACUUGAGAGCUCUGAAGUGGAGAAGCAGCAGCUCCGGGCCGAGCUCCAGUCCAGAAGGGCCGAAUCGGUGUGCGUAAACAGUGCGGAGAUUUCCGAGAACAGCUCCGACCUCAGCCAGAAACUGAAAGAAACUCAGAGCAAGUACGAGGAGGCAAUGAAAGAAGUCCUCAACGUGCAGAAGCAAAUGAAACUGGGCCUCGUCUCGCCCGAAAGCGUGGACAGUUAUUCGCGUCUCCAAGAGCUAAGGAUCACCGAGGAGGAAAUAGAUGUGCUAAAGCAGGACCUCCAGAAUGCAGUGGAAGAAAGUGAAAGAAAUAAAGAGAAGGUGAGGGAGUUAGAAGAAAAACUUAUAGAGAGGGAGAAAGGUAUGGUCAUCAAGCCUCCCGUGGAAGAAUACGAGGAAAUGAAAAGUUCAUAUUGCUCUGUUAUUGAGAACAUGAAUAAGGAGAAGGCAUUUUUGUUUGAGAAGUACCAAGAGGCCCAAGAAGAAAUCAUGAAAUUAAAAGAUGCCCUAAAGAGUCAGGCGACCCAGGAGGCUGGGGACGAAGCCGGGGACAUGAAAGAGGCCAUGAACAGGAUGAUAGAUGAACUCAACAAACAGGUGAGCGAGCUGUCCCAGCUGUACAAAGAAGCCCAGGCGGAGCUGGAGGAUUACAGGAAGAGGAAAUCUCUCGAAGACGUAACAGCUGACUAUAUCCAUAAAGCGGAGCAUGAGAAACUGCUGCAAGUGACAAACGUAUCCAGAGCUAAGGCAGAAGAGGCCCUGUCCGAAAUGAAGUCUCAGUACUCAAAGGUGUUGCAUGAGUUGACCCAGCUCAAACAGCUGGUGGAUGCCCAGAAAGAGAACUCUGUCUCCAUCACAGAACAUUUGCAAGUGAUAACCACGCUGCGGGCUACGGCCAAAGAGAUGGAGGAAAAAAUAAGCAGUCUCAAAGAGCACCUUGCAAGCAAGGAAGGAGAAGUGGCAAGGCUGGAGAAACAGCUCCUAGAAGAGAAGGCCGCUAUGACGGACGCCAUGGUGCCCAGGUCUGCCUACGCAAAGCUCCAGUCGUCGUUAGAAGGUGAGAUGAGUGUGUUGGCCUCAAAACUGAAGGAUUCGGUAAAAGAGAAAGAGAAGGCCCAUUCAGAGCUUACCCAGAUAAGAAGUGAGGUGUCACAAAUGAAAAGGGAAAAGGAGAAUAUUCAGGCUCUCUUAAAGGCCAAAGAGCAGGAAGCAAAUGAACUUCGUCAACAAUUCCAGGAUGCUCGGGAAGAACUGGAAGACAUGAAGAGACAGUCGGAGAGCUCUUCCAAACUGGAGGAGGAUAAAGACAAGAAGAUCAGUGAGAUGUCGAAGGAAGUCACCAAGUUGAAGGAGGCCCUAAACAGCCUCUCACAGCUCUCGUACUCCGCGAGCUCAUCCAAGAGGCAGAGUCAGCAGCUGGAAGCGCUGCAGCAGCAGGUCAAACAGCUCCAGAACCAGCUGGCUGUGAGUGGGCUUCUCUCCCUGCCUGCUGGGGGCUGGGCCGGGCAGAUUACGCACCAGCUCAGCUGGAGAUGGGGGUGGGUGCAGGUUGGGGUGAGAAGAGUCCCAACCUAUGGGAGUGGGGCUCCGCAGAGCAACUGACUGAAGACUUCCAGGGUGAGGGCGGGAGGAGGGCGUGGCGGCAUCCCCGGGCGUCGCCUGCAUCGAGAUGGGUCGCCCGGACCUCUGAGAAGGGAGGAAUCGGCAGGACAGUGGCGCAGGCUUCGUGGUUACGCAUCCACUAACUGUUCACCCCCUCUCCGUCUUUCUCCCACGGUCAUUACUAUCUCUGGCAGUGGCAAGAACUUUUUCUUAUUAGGGGCCAGGAUCUCUGAUAGGUGUGUAUCUGUGCAUCUGACUUGGCUCCUCUCCUUAUUUGACCUGGGAAAGUCCUCUCCUAUCUGUAUUUAUUUCCUAUGGCUAUUGUAACAGACCAACA